CGCCGACUGGCUCCACUGGGCCGAACCGUUCCAGCGCGUCCAGGACUUCAGGCCACCUGAACCGGGCCCGGAUCCGCUGGUUCCUGGGCGGUAAGCGGAACGUGUCCGGUGAGUUCCGAACCGAGGGGACAGAGGUUCGGCCCGGUUUCUGAAUCAUAUCCUGUCGGUUCGGAUCAGGAAUUAAAGUUCAGAUCAAGGUUCGGCUGAUUUGUCUCUGAACCGAACGUGUGUGGAUCAGUCGGUUCCGUUCUGAAACAAACGGUAGAAAGGUUGAGGUUCAGUUCGGUUCGGACUGGUUUAUUACUAAAAAGGUGUCAGGGAACCGGAACCAGAACCAUGAAUGGACCAGAGCAGCAGGAUGUUUUAGAUUUCCUGCUGUGGGUUUGGACCGAACAGAACCAGCAGAGUCCCAACCUGUGGGGAGCGGGCCUAACGCAGGCCGGCAGGUGGAGAUGAGACCGGUUCUGAUCCGCAGUCACAUUAGAUCCUGAUGUGACUCUGGUUCCCGUCACGGAGGACGGGUUCUGGUUCUCCAGGACUGGUCCAGUCCAGACCUCUGGUGGUUCUGGACCAGGACCCGGUACCAGGUCCAGAUGUUUGUCAGAUUUUCAUCCUCUGCCUUGUUUGUGUGUCGGAUUAUAAUCCCAUUAUAAUCCAAUAACGGCGGCGGGAUGAUUGGUUCCCAUCAGGUCCGAUACAGGAUCAGCUCUCCAUUACAUAAACGGGUUCUGCGGCGCCGCUGCGUGCCGCUCCGGCCCGGCCCGGCCCGGCCUGCUGCCUCUAAAUCCACUUCAGGAUUAAUGUUCAAUCAGAGAACAAAUGAAGUCAGUUUCCACCACGAGUCCCGCCGGGUCGGGAUGAUGAUCCGCUCGGCGCCGCCACGGCUCACACUGGUUCUGAUUGGACCGGAGGACCAUCUGAAGCUCUCUAGGAGGGAAGAUGAUGUUCUCCAGAACCUUCAGACCCGAUCCAGUUCCUCAGAGGACGGACUCAGGCUCUGUUUAACUCUGUUUCCAUGGUAACAUCGCCAGGCCCUCAGCUAGAGCAGCGCAGCCGGGUCCUGGAGGUCCGAGGUUCUCCUGGAGGGAGCCGUUCCCUCCUGAUCCGGGUUCUGCUGACCCGUUCCAUCUCUGUCCCAGUGGACGGUCAUCCGGACCGGGUGGCUCUGAUCUGGGAGCGGGACGAACCCGGCGCCGGGUUCACACACACAUGUAGACGGUCCGGCUCAUCUCCAUGACGCUCCAUAAACCUGCAGCAGAGACACGAUGUCCACAUCCGUCUUCGUCCUCAGAGCUUUUCUCAUCUCCAGAGAAAAUCUCAACCAGUCCUGGAAAUGUUUCAGACCAAAGCAGGAGGGAGCUUCUGGAGACGACCUGCCGCCUUGCCAACGCCCUGAAGGCCCACAGGAUCCAGAAAGGUGACAGGGUGGCCGUCUACAUGCUGGUGUCGCCGCUGGCUGUAGCUGCCAUGUUGGCGUGUGCUCGGAUCGGAGCGGUGCACACGGUGGCGUUCGCCGGCUUCAGCUCCCAGGCCUUGGCUGGACGGAUCCAGGAUGUUGGUGUUCGACUACCGAGAUGGAGACGUGUUUGGCUGCAUGGCGGACAUCGGCUGAAUCACAGGACACAGCCACCACUGUCCUGUUGGACAGCACACCUGUGUACCUGGAUCCAGGUGAGCCGGGUCAGCAGCACCAAAACUCCCUGCUUCACCUACACAGCUUCAUCCGGCGGUAAAAUCCCACAUUCCCCACUGGAGGCAUUCUGAGGCUGAAUGGAUGGAUGAUCUAUGCAGGUUAAUCGUGAACCUCAGGUGAGUCUCACCUGCAGCAGGAAGUGGAGCUGCAGUCACUCAUUAACCUGGUUUUAGACCAAUGAAGACCUUCGCUCCGCUUUCUGAGCUCUGAUUGGUCAGGAAGGAUCUGAGCCAACACCCAUCACCAGAAGGUGAUGUCUCCUUUUUUCUGUCAGGUGACCUUUGACCUCUGUCAUCCCAAACAGACGCAGAGUCCAGACAGUAGCACCAGAAAGCAUCAUUAAAGCGGUUGUGAGAGGCAGGGGGCGGAGCUUAAGCAGGAAGUGUGGCCGUGUGGGACGGAGUGUGUCUCACCUGCCUGUCCAGGCAGGUACUGGGAGACGGUGCAGCGGCUGCAGAUCAACCGGUUCUACGGGCCGCCGACGGCUCUGCAGCUGCUGCUGAGACACGGAGACGACUGGGUCAGGAAGUACGACCGGAGCUCUCUGAGGACGCUGGGGUCCAACUGGUCCAACUCAGCCAGAACCCGACCGGAACCGGUUCUGAGUGGGGGAACCAUCAACCACGAGGCCUGGCACUGGUUCCACAGCGUGGUGGGGGAGGGACGCUGCCCCCUGGUGGACACCUGGUGGCAGGCAGAGACCGGAGGAGUGUGCAGUGCCCCCCGACCCGCGGCGCCGCCAUCGUUCCUGGGCAUCCAGCCGGUUCUGAUGGGAGACCAGGUGAGGCCCGGUUAGAGUCUGGUUCUGUUUGUUCUGAUCGAUCAGCCUGGAGGUUCUGGGAGAGUCAGAGGAAGGGUUCUGGAGAUCCGGAACGUGGCUCUGAUCCGGUCCGACUGAAUGGACGGAACCAGAACUGGAGCCGUGGUACCUGUGGUGAUGAUCCUGGUGCGGUCCAGCACCGGUUCUGGACCAGGUUAGGUCCGGGUUGCUGUGGGAAGGAGCAGCAGAACCUGUUUGGAUCAGAACUUUCCCUGAUGACCCGGCCCGGUCUGGGAGUUCUGAGAGGUCCAGAAGUCCAGAACCAUCUCUGACCCAAUUGGUUUUUGGAGUUUUUUAUGGUUUCAGACUCUGGUCAAUGUUUGGGUUUUCUGACCCGGUUCUCUGGGUCAGAGGCUUUGGGUCGGUUCUGUUGGUUCUUCUCUCUGAUGCGACUGUUUGACUGACCUGUUGUUUUAUUCUGUCUCCUGAACCAUCUGACCCGGUUCCGACCCGGUUCUGCCUCUUGUUCUGAUCCGGUUCUCUCUGGUUCUGCCCCACUGGGCCACCAGCUGGUUCCUGUGCAGCAGAGUUCUGCUGAGCUCUGGUCCAGUCAGGGCUGACCCGUGUGACCCGGUCCGGUCGGCGCCGCUGCAGCAUCUGGAGGUUCUUCCUCCUCCUCCUCAUCAUCAGGGCAGCAGAUUAGAUUAGAUUAGAUUAGAUUAGAUUAGGCCCGAGACGCAGCCACACCAGAACCAGAACUCCUUCCAUCUGGACCGGUUCUGUCUCAGUCUGCAGGCGUCUCCAGGCAGAACCUCAGCUGGGUUCUGCUCAGAUGGACAGAACCCGUAAGGAAUAAAAGCUGGGUCAGACCGGACCGGACGGACCGGACCGGACCGGACCGGACCGACCCAGCAGCUGCUAGUCGCCAGUUAGCUCAGAUCUAAAUGUUGGUGCUGCCCUGAUGUUCCUAAUCAAAGUCCGGAAAGGAAUCCGCCGACUCUCGUCUCCCCAAUCAGAACCAACAUGCAAAGUUGUAGAAACUCUAACAGAACCAGAACCGGGUCAGCCCGUUGAACUGGUCCAGAGAUAAAUGAAUCAGGAAGCAGAACCUCCUGCUGGGUUGAAGGCGGUUCUGACUCGGUGUGAGGUGGAACAGCAGCGCCCUCUGGUGGCCGCUGGACUGAACAGAGGGGCGGAUCGCCGCAUGACAUCAAAGGUGAGACACACCUGGGCCCUUUCACAAUAAAAGCCUCCUCUGGUAGAAACAGAACCGACCUGAGCCUGCAGUUAGAGGCUUUGCUGCCCCCUGCUGGUCACUCAGUGCAGCUUCAGGUCGCACAGUCCGAACUGAGAGGUUCUGAUGGGUCCAGUUGGGUCCAGUUGGGUCCAGUUGGGUCCAGUUGGGCCCAGUUUAAACUUCAGGUUUGGUUCUUCGUCUCAUGGACGGCUGCAGACGCUCAAGAGUUCGUUAUUAGAAAUGACUUUACAGCCUGUCCUGAUCAAAACCCCAGCAGGUCAGGGUAGCUUUUACCUUUAAUGAAUAUCUUUCAAUUAUAAUUAUAAUAAUAUUAACAAUAAUUAUAAUUAUAAUAAUAUUAAUAAUUAUUAUGAUAAUAAUAUUAAUAAUAAAUGAGCAAUGAAAAGUCUGCGGCUCAAAAAGAUUCACAUUUAUUCGCCAAACAACCGUUGGGGCCCAAAUGCUUCGUCGGUCUUUGUCUCACCGUUUUAAUCCCGGGGAUCUGACCCGGUUCCAGGCCUGCAGCGCUCCGCCCACGUGACUGCAGGUACUGGGUCCGGUCCGGUCCGGUCCGGUCCGGUCCCUUUGUCAUGGAGAAAUCCUCUGAAUCCCUCCAGCGUUGGUCAAGCUUCCCCAAAACCAGAUUCUGCCUCUGAGGAAAACGUCUGUCCAGGUGAAGCUGUGACCUGAUCAGUGACUCAUGGGGUUAAAUUAACUCUACAUUAGUUUUAUUUAUGAUUUAUCUUCUGUGGUGUUUUUUCACAGAAAACUUUAUUUUAUUGUGAUGUCACAAUCUGAAGCCUUUUAACCUCCUGUGUGUGUGUGUGUGUGUGUGUGUG